GGCGCCGUUUGUGGAAAACGGAGCGUAGACGCGUGUUUGCAAAGAGCGCUGCGAAGGGAAGGACAGCCUAAUAUUGUUUUGCGAGUGAUUAAAUGGCUACCAGAAGGCGCUGGCCAGUUGCACGCUUGCUUGGAUUGCUCCUGGUCGCCUCAGUCGGUGUGUUUUCAGGGUCAGAGCUCACCUUCACCCUGGAGCCCAGCGACAUCAUCGCCGUGCAGGAACAGCCCCUCAUGCUACACUGUCAGGUGGACGGGAUCCCUCCAAUCACCACGCAGUGGAGGCGGAACGGCAAGCUCCUAUUGGAGGGCCCAGGAUAUGCCAUGUUCGCCAACGGCUCGCUGCUGAUCAGCCAUUUCCAAAGGACUAAGCUGGACGGCUCUUCCGAUGAGGGAGACUAUGAGUGCAUGGCCCAGAAUCCCAUUGGGCUGCUAGUCAGCCGAAAGGCGAGGGUACAAGCUGCAACGAUGGCUGAGUUCCAUGUGCAGCCCCAACCGGUGAGAGCCGAGGAGGCCGGCAUGGCGCGAUUCCAGUGCCAGGUCCGCGGGCUUCCGGAACCCCUCAUCAGCUGGGAGAAGGACGGCCGGCCAGUGGACACCCAGGAUGGGAGGUACACGCUGCUGCCUACGGGGGUGCUGCAGAUCGGCGGGCUCAGCCUGGAUGACAGUGGCGUGUACCACUGCGUGGCUCACAACAGCGCCGGCGUCAGGCGCAGUGCAGGGGCCCGGCUCGCUGUCACAGGCUCCAAGGCUUCCGUCUACAAGGAACCCACGAUUGUGGUGGGUCCAGAGAAUCUCACCCUCACGGUUCACCAGACUGCCAUCUUGGAGUGCGUGGCUACCGGCUACCCGCAGCCCAUCGUGUCCUGGAGCAGGCUGGAUGGCCGCCCAAUCGGGGUAGAGGGGAUCCAGGUGCUGGGUAAUGGGAAUCUGAUGAUCUCCGAUGUUGGGGUGCAGCACUCUGGAAUCUACGUCUGCGCAGCCAACAAGCCCGGGACACGUGUGCGGAGGACUGCGCAGGGCCGGCUAGUGGUGCGAGCCCCCGCCAAGUUUGUCCAGCCGCCACAGUCCAUUUCCCGGCCUGUAGGCACCACGGCCGUCUUCACCUGCCUGGCCCAGGGCGAGCCCUCGCCACAGCUCACGUGGCUGAAGAACGGGCAGAUCCUGGAGCCAGGGGGACAUGUCAGACUCAGGAACAACAACAGCACGCUGACCAUCUACGGCAUUGGCCAGGAGGACGAGGCCAUGUACCAGUGCAUCGCCGAGAACAGCGCCGGUUCAGACCAGGCUAGCGCGCACCUUGCCGUGCUGUGGGGCGACGGCCUGCCGGGGGCACCCUUGGGGGUGCAGGCCCAGGCCCUCUCCCCCACAUCCAUCCGGGUGUCCUGGAAGGAGCCAGUCCAGGUCACACAGGACAUCAUCGGCUACGUGCUUCACAUCCGCAAGACAGCAGACCCGCUGGAGAUGGAGUACCAGGAGGCCGUGGGAAAAAGCACACUGCAGCAGGUGCUCAGCGACCUGCAGCCCUCCACCAGCUACACCUUCUUCGUGAAGGCCUACACCUCCCGGGGAGCCAGCAAGCCCUCGGACACGGCCGUGGAGAGCACGCUGGGGGAAGUGCCGGCGCCCCCAUCGCUGCAUACGAGGGUGGUGAACGGGAGCACGGUGCAGGCUGUGUGGGAGCCAUCGGGAAAGAUGGGCCGGCACCAGGGGUUCAAGCUGUUCUACCGCAGGCUGCCCUCAGCCACCUUCACGGGGCCUCUGACAUUCGGCCGCAACGUCACACAGUGUAACAUCACACAGCUGGAGCCGGCCUUGGUGUACGAGCUGAAGCUGCUGGCCUUCAACCAGCACGGCGACGGCAACGCCACCAUGCGCUUCGUUUCCCUCAAGGAGGCCGUGGAGAAGUCAGUGCUAGACCCUCCGUGUGACUGCUUAAAGGAUGAGCAGAGCAAGGCUUCCACCACCGGCAUCAUCGUCGGGAUCCACAUCGGUGUCACCUGCAUCAUUUUCUGUGUGCUCUUCCUCAUGUUUGGUUACAGGGGGAGGUUGAUGAUGUGCAAGACCAUGCAGGAGCAGCUGGCCACACCCCCAGAGGUUCGCAGUGAUGCCCUGGAGCCUCCCGCGUACCACGGCAGCCUGUCUCUGAAUGGGGCAGCCCCAGAAGCCAACGGGGCCAUUCCGGACAAGACCGGUGUGGACAGCAAUGAGCUGGGGAGAGUCUUCCUUAGGGACUCGCUAACUCAGCCAUACCUGAUGGCGGGCGUGCAAGUGUCACACGCGCUGGAUGAAACGCAGAUCUCUAUGCUGCCGUUGGAGGAUUUCAGCCUGGCCGAAGAGAGUGAGAGCAAGUUCGGAGAGCCCCCGGGGGAGGCCAGCGAUCCGUACGGCCAACCAGAAGAGGGGUGACAGGGUCUGUCUGUGACACUGCCACACCAAAUGCUGCACCUCUGUUGGGACUGUUCUCAGGUCAACGUACACGUUUUUUCCAGCAUUUUCUUUCGCUGUUAGUAAAUACUGUUGGAUGCGGUUCAGUUUCUUCCCAAAGGCCUCGGUUCUGUGCGUUAUGGUGUCAUUUGAGCGCUAGCCAGUGGAAGAAGGUAUUCCGUUUUCUGUUUGACAGUUUGAUAGGCUGUCAGUAACAGAGAUCAAGCACCUCUCUGUCUCACCCAAACAAUGUCACGAGACUAAAUUAGCAAAGGCCUUCUUACAGGGAUUUCGUGUGUGUGUAUGUGUGUGUGUGUGUAUACAUAUACAUACACAUAUAUAUAUAUACAUACAUAUAUAUAUAUAUUUUCUUGUAUAUUUUUCAUAUGUAUUCUCAGGACUUUUUGGUUUUGUUGUAUUCAUGGUUUUCUUUGUUGGCCUCCGUGCAGGUUGAUGAGGACGCAGUGUAGACCUACCUCAGCCAGAAGGAGUGUUUGGUGGGAGGCUUUUCCCGUCUUCCCACAUAUUCUCUUAGGCAUCACAUAGUUCAGAAAAAAAAAGCAAACGCAUUCAGCACUACCUCACACUUCUAAAAACACGCGCUCGCUUGUUCACUGAAGCAAGGGGAAAAAAGAAUCCAACGUAAAGCACUUCCAAACGCUGAACUUAACAUUCUACCUCAAGACAAUGUUGCAGUUGUCGUUUUCGCUGUUCCUGUUAUUGUUGUUGUUCUGACUGUCGUCGUCCUCACUAUUACACCUCUGCUUCCGCGGUGAGGCCCAGUCACUGUGCCCACUAUGAUUUUUUUUUUUUAACCGCUCAGAAGCAACAGUUGAUGUUUGAGGACAGUAUUUUGUAAACAGGCCUUUUUCUUGCAUUUUUUUUAGUUAACAGAUUUAUUUUAAUUGAAUUCUCUUUAAGUUUUAGUUCUGGCUUCAUCUUUGAGUUACAUUUGAGAUUGGUUGCUUCUAAUAACCACAAAAAAAUGUACGCAGUUAUAAAACAUGGUUAAAAUGGCGUAAGUCAAUGGUUAAAAACACUGCUAAACGCUAUCUUGGAAUACGCAUAGCCCGGGUAUUUACAGAUGUAUGCAUCGCCCUUUUCUGACAGGAUGUCCUUUACCUAGGGAAGUUUGGUAUGUCGUAUGUGGAAAACUUAGUAACCAUUCAAACUCCAUUUGUCAUGUAUAAAUGCUGUUUCCGCCUUACAGAAAAGAGGCAUGCCUUUAUAGAUAUGACCUUAUUACCGUGAUGACAAUUCAGACAGGACUACUAUUACCAAAAAAGCUCCAUGUUUGCUGAAAUACAGAAUGUAAUUCGUUCCUUAAUAUUUCCUCUGGAGGUUUGUAAUACUUACAGACAUAGCAGAUUCAGACUGGUUUGAAAUUAUGGACCUAGUCAGUAAUUGCUUCAAUUACAAUAUAUCCCCAGGUAGAGCUAAUCCUGUCCAAAUUGGGCUUAUGAAGCGUGUGUCAAAGGCUGCAAUAUGUUUGUACGCAGAGGAGGGGGUUUGAAGCACACAUUUAUUUUUUAUUUCCCAAUGAGCAACAGUUGUCUUUGAGAGGUGGAUCAUGGGAAAUGUAGUUAUUGUCCUAUACCAUCCUUUUACAUAUAUGCAGACACACUGUCACAUGUAGACAACUAAACAGACAGGUGCAUAUGCAUGCAGAUGUGAUCAGACACAGGAACACACAAACGCGCACACACACUCUUCCGGCAUGUAGAAAAACGAUGCUGUGUUAACCUACCUCAGCUUAAUGUCACCAGGUGAGUGAUUCAGGAAAACAUCUCAAACUAUUAUUUAUGCAUUUAUUCCAACAUGUGGAUGUGAAGAUGUGUCUGUUCAAGACCAAACAAUUUGUGAAGUGCAGGUUCUGUUUUCGCUGUUUCCAUGUUUAGCUUGAAUAUGAAUGUAUAAUUAAAUUUUUGUUUAUUAUUGUUA